CCUCGAAGCCGCGGUGCCGCAAUGGCCGCGCUGCGACGCGCCCGCUGACCGCGCCCGUUACCUGUUCUUAUAUACAUUUAUGGACUAUACCUGGAGUCGGCUUCUGUGACCACAAUCACCGUGUGUUCCACCCUCGAUUGCUCUCAUGCCUUGUUGUGAGAGGUGGCGGUGACAGGUGUCUGGGGCGCAGCGCACUCGCGAGCGGCAUGCGGCGCGGACGCCAGACCCGCAUGGAGGCCGGAUAGCCCCGCGCCCGCCCCGCACCCCCUCCGCCAUGGAACUCGCGGACGUGCCGAGGCACAGACCCCUCGCCUUCGAUAAGAUGGAAAGUCUGGUUAAAGAAAUGCAAGAUCCAGUAACAGGUGUACCUAUACGCAGUCAAAAACUGUUUCUCACCUUCAUUCCAUCUGCUUUUAUGGGUUGUGAUCUAGUUGAAUGGUUAAUGGAGAGGUUUCAUUAUGAAGAUGGCACUAAUAUUGAAGCUGUAAAUCUAGGCAAUCUUCUUUGCCAAUACGGUUACUUCUUUCCUGUCAACGACCUCAAAAACUUAGUAUUCAAAGAUGACUCUUCUCUAUACCGAUUUCAAAGUCCCUACUACUGGCCAUGGCAGGCGCCGCGUGUGGCCGGUAGUGGUUCAAGUGCGCCCACACUUGGUCCGGACAAUAUUGAAUACGCUAUCUACCUCGUCAAACGAACACUACGCAAUAAACAAAGGCAUGGCCUCGAAGACUAUGAACAAGAAGCGUUGGCGAACCUCAAGAAAAACCUGGCUGCAAAGUGGGAUUUCAUCACUAUGCAGGCAGAAGAGCAGGUACGGCUAGCAAAAGAAAGGAAGAAGGGUGAUAAAAUCGUCAGUGAUAGUCAAGAACGUGCCUACUGGCGCGUCGCUCGUCCGCCGCCGGGAGUGCCCAGCGCUUUGGAACCCUGCCCAGUUCCAGUGCGAUCGCGGCAUCCGAAGCCAAAGAAAAGGACGAUACCUCAGUUACAACGAGAGAUUGAACACCUUAAAACCAGCUUAGAUAGGACGAGAGUGAAAACGUCAGUUGCUUUGGAAGCAUUAACGGCCUACUCAGAGACCUACGCACCAUACGACCCUGUGCUCACACAACCACAACCUUCCAAUCCCUGGAUCAGCGAUGAUACACUGUUCUGGCAAAUUAACAGUCCAAUUGUGGAAAUCCCGAGCGAGAAGCGAGUACAGCGCUGGGCGUUGUCUAUCGAAGAGCUGGUGUCAGACCCCACGGGCCUGCAGGAGUUCACCAGCUUCCUCAGGAAGGAGUACUCCCACGAGAACAUCCGGUUCUGGCUGGCCGUGAUGGACUUACGGAGGAGUAGUACUAAGCAGAUACCCAAAAAGCUAGAUGAUAUUUUUGAAGAGUUCCUAAAGCCAGGAGCGCCCUGCGAGAUUAACAUAGAUGGCGCGACUGCUGAGAGGGUAGCAGAAGGUCGCAGAACGGGCUCUCGGUACGCGCUGGAUCACGCGGCUGAUCACGUUUAUGGACUACUGCUCAAGAAGGACUGCUAUCCUCGAUUUAUCCGGUCCGAUCACUUCCAACGUCUGCUUACGGAAGGACGGAAUGUUCAUCAAAAGAAGGCCAAAUUCUUUAACUUUGGUGGCCAAGUAAAGAAGAAACCUGGUUCCACUAGCGGUAGCGGUGGGUCUGGCAGCGGUAGUGGGUUAUCUCGACGACGUGGGUCUGACCGCUCGUUGUCGGGAUCUGCACACGAGUUGGCUGUUUGUGCAGUACAACCUCCACGCCCGCCGGAACCGCCACCGCAUAGCCAUUCGCAGUCCAACCUUUGCGAUAUACCUUUUAGAGACCCAGACGAUGAUACCUCAGAAGUUUUACCGUGGGAAACAGCAACGCGAGAGUUACCUUACGGUGGAGCAAGACGGCGGCAGGAUUCAGCCGCGGAUUCGGGCAGUUCCUCCUCAGACGUAAGCGCUGCUGUUGGGAGUGGGGAACGAAUGCGGAGACUUCCCCAGCAAAGCACCCUCGAUGGGGGCUUGCGAGGGGCUGCGCCUCCUUUACGACGCCUAUCAGCUGUCGAACCACGCCAUUUAGCGCCGUUAGCAUCACCCCCACAUUCACCGAGGCAAAAACGAAUAAUACCACAACCCUCACUUUCUUACCCGCAAACCACGGCACCUCAUCAUCCAACUCCAACUAUUAGUGUAAGCUCAGCACCAGACGAAGAAUCUGGCGACUCACCGCCCCGGACAAGCUCACCUGACGAAAGACGCUCGCUUAUACAGUCUGAGGAGCCCUCCUCAGUAUUCGCUUCAACAGACGUUACUCCAACCGAACCGGCUGUCAUGUUUGGUGGGGCACUUAUCGAAGCUAUUUCAGAUUCGAGCGACGUUGACGCAGAUAAAAUUGAUGAGAUUAGUUCACAUACGGAAGUUCCUGAUACGUGUGAAGACUUAGCAGUUGAUAUAGAUCAAAGCGCUUGUAAUAAACAAAAUGAAACGCACGAAGUGAAGGAAGCCGAUGUGAGUGAAAGUGAGAAAGCGUCCGAUAGUGUAAAAGACGUUUUAAAAGGUGAUAAUGAGGUGGAUGCUGUAGGUAAUGUAACUCGUACGAUAGUGAGCCAAAAGAGUUUGGAUAUGACGUCACCUCCUCUCAGUAUAGUUUCAGAGAGGGAAAAUUCUCAGCGUUCGCCAGCGGAGAGAGUUUGGCUUCCAAUAGCACCUUUAGCUACUUCCGAGGAUAUUGUGGAAGAUGAAAGUAUAGAAAAAGUGCCUGCAGUAGCACAAAAGAUGUCUGAUGAUUCCAAAACGGUGUCUGAGGAAGUGAAAACAAUAAUACGUGCUGAUGAACGCUCUUCUGACUCGGAUAUCGUAAAGGCUGAUAGUAAAAGCACAGAUAGUAAAAUCAGUGAUUGUAAGCAGAGAAAUGAUAUUUGUCCUUGGGAAGAUGAGAAUUCCUGUGAGAGUGACGCUCCAUUUGUUAAAACUUAUGCAACCCUAGGUUAUUUAUAAUUUGCGUAGGAAAUUUAUGAUGUCAGGGUUAUAAAAACUUAAGUUUUAGUCGAAUUACUGCAAUUAGGCAGUUGUUAUUCAACGCCCCGUUAACCGGGUUUGGCAUUUAAAAGUAAAAUGACACCUCUGUGUGUAUAGACAAAAUUCCUUUCUUGUCUAUGUCUGCUCUACUUAUUGAACCGCAAAAUAAAGCAGCGCAUACAAUUUUCACGAAAUCUCUUAGUACAUUGGCUAGUUAAAAAAACUCUUUUAAUAAAUGAGAUUAAAAUUGCUGCCAUUUUCUUUAUAUAUUAAUAUAGGGAAAAUUAUUUAUGGCUUAAAUAUUAAGUCUGCUAUUUUAAAUGUUAAUUUUUGACAAUAUUUAAUAUUAGUCACACUGUAGAUAGAAAUUAUUAUAAUUUAAUACAUUUUUUGUAUAUAUAACAUGUAUUUUUGUCUACAACGGUAUUUUAAGUUUCAAAAUGUUUAAUGAUAAAAAACAAUCAAGAUUUAAUAAACAAAACUUAAUAUGA